AUGAAAAAUGCUAAGCGUGCGAAAUGUUUUAGCCGCGUAGGGGUUGGACUGCGAGCCGGCCAGCCAGUUGCUGCAAAUCUAUGUUGUUGUGGCGCCAUAUCGUUUAGCGAACGGUUUCGUGGAUCUGGUGUAUGCACGCUGGCGACUAGCAAGAUCAAUAGCCGACUUGAUCGGCUGCUUCCGGAAUAUUUGCGAGAAACGGUUGAAUGGAUAACGAGGUAA